GAGAGAGAGAGAGAGAGAGAGAGAGAGAGAGAGAGAGAGAGAGAGAGAGAGAGAGAGAGAGAGAGAGAGAGAGUUUUUGGAAAUCGCGAGAAUGGCAGCGCGGGUGGCGCAUGCGGUGGUGCGUGUGGGCACCGAAUGGAUUGAACAGGGGCCGGAUGUUGCGAGGCGACUAUCCCUUUGGGGAUGUGGGGCUCGGGGGGUGCGCCGGGGACUGUUUACAGCAAGAUUGAGUGCGCGCGAGCCGCGAUGGGUAGAGUCGGCCUGGAAUCCCGAGGACCCGACCGCAGACGUACCGGCUGCCGCGGCCCCAACGGGCAGACAUGGGAAUGAGACGCGUUCAGCUGCAUCAAAGGGCAAGGCGGGGUCGCCUGCACCUGCGCCGCGGUGGAAAAGAUGGCUCAACCCAGGUGAAAGUGGAACACCCGACACCAUCAAACGCGUCAGCAACACCCUACGCACGUCUGGGCGCAGCAUCUUUAGCCAAGGCGACAGCCUGCAACAACUUCCCAUCCACCCGGAAGUCCGCCAUGCUCUCAAGUCUUACCGGUUUAGCCAGGCCACUCACAUUCAGACGCUUGCCUGCGCACGAUUGGUCAACGGCCAAUCCCUUCUCUUGGCCGCCCCAACAGGAACGGGCAAAACCAUGGCCUACCUCCUUCCCGUGCUGUCCCGCCUCUUGGCUCAGCGUGAAGCCCACGGCGCCCCAGGCCCCCAGCAAGCGCGCGCCGUCAUUGUUGCUCCCACGCGACUUCUCGCCCGCCAAAUCUUUGAUCACGCACAGCAGCUCUGUGCCGGGCCCUCUGGCCUCCAAGCCUGUCUCGCUACCCAAAGCGGUACCCUCACCCACCUGCAGGAUGGCGUUGAUGUUUUGGUGGGCGUCCCAGGUCGCCUCCAACAGCUCUUGGUCGAGCAGCGUUUACACCCAUCGUACAUGACCACACUGGUCCUUGAUGAGGUGGACAUUCUUCUCCGUGAGUUUGCCGACGACCUGGCCCCGCUCUGGCGCCACGUUGAGCAACGUGAGCAGCACACCCCGUCCCGGUCCCCACCGGCUGAAGCGUCCCCCGCCAACCCAACACCGGCCCGAGGCUCCCUCCAACUCAUCGCCGUUGGCGCCACCAUCACCUCGGGCGCAUACGAACGCCUUCGUACGCACUGGCCAAAAAUCGAACUCGCCGGCACCCGCGACCUUCACCUCCUCCCUUCUCGCAUCUCCCACACCUUUCGCAAGCUGAAAGGCCCCAACGUCAAACCCCUGGAACUCAAGAGUAUUCUGUUCCAGCCCGACUGGCAAGCCAUGAUUCUCUUUGUCCCCGACGCCACUACGCUGGCCUGGGCCGUCAAAUUUGUCAAAGAGCAAGGCCUCCAAUCCGCUGCUGUUUGUGGCACCAUGUCCGAGGCCACCCGUCGCGCUGAACUCGCCCGUUUUCAAGAGGACCGCGUAAACAUCCUCAUUUGCACCGACAUUGCUGCCCGUGGUCUUGAUCUGCCCCAGGUUGACUUGGUCGUCAAUUACACCCUCCCACAGACCGAUCAUGCCUACUUGCAUCGUAUUGGCCGCACUGGCCGCGCUGGCAAGAGGGGAAGUGUCAUCAACCUCGUAUCCAAGCAGGAUCGGCAACGUGCCCAUGAGCUUGAGGUGCUGAUUCAUCGCCAUCGCAAAGGCAAUGUGCAGCCCCUGCCAACUGAC